AUGACGCUCACUUUCCCCGACGCCCUUGCGCGCGUCCGCGCAGGCGAGUCACCGCACGCCGUCGCCGCUGAUCUCUUCACCAGCCUGACGCCAGCGGAGAAGCUUUCCCUGCUCGAUGGCGACACCCCUUUCUGGCCAGGCUUCUACUCCAUCAUGUAUGACGGCUACAUCGUGGACGAGCCAUAUGUGUUCGGCGCCGUGGACCGCCUCUCCGUCCCGGGUAUACGCUUCACAGACGGCCCACGCGGUAUCAACUUGGGCCACAGCACUGUGUUCCCCGUCUCAAUGGCACGAGGCGCGACCUGGGAUCCGACGUUGGAAGAGCGUGUAGGCGUCGCGAUCGGUCGCGAGGGCCGCGCGCAGGGCGCCAACCUAUUCGGUGGCGUGUGCAUCAACCUGCCGCGUCACCCGGCGUGGGGCCGCGCGCAGGAGACGUACGGCGACGACCCGUUGCUGCUGGGCGAGUUUGGCGCCGCGUUGACGCGCGGUGUGCAGCGCAAUCUGAUGGCCACGGUCAAGCAUUUCGCGCUCAACAGCAUGGAGAAUGCGCGUUUUCAGGUCGACGUGCGGCUCGAGGAGGCGGUGCUGCAGGAGUGCUUCCUGCCGCAUUUUCGGCGCGUGGUCGAGGAGGGUGCGUUGGCUGUCAUGAGCGCGUAUAAUUCCGUCAAUGGGGAGUGGGCGGGCCAGCAUCAGCAUCUGCUGACGGAGGUGCUCAGGAAGCAAUGGGGAUAUGAGUGGUUGGUGAUGAGUGAUUUCAUCUUUGGGCUACGUGACCCAGCGAAGAGCUUGAAAGCGGGGUUGGAUAUCGAGGCGCCAUUUGCACAGCAGAGGUCCGACCCGAAUAGGGGUCUACAGGCGGGUUUGGAUAAGGGAGAUGUCGGUCUUGAGCACGUCGAUGCUGCUGGGAAGAGGAUUCUGGCCACUCAGCUGGAGCACUUCAAUAAACGGGAUCAGCAAGAACCAAGUAAGGACGUGGUGUUUUCUCAAGAGCAUCAGGACUUAGCAAGGGAGGUCGCCGCUCGGUCCAUCGUUCUACUCAAGAAUGAUGCAGUCGACGGAAAGCAGCUCAUGCCGCUUGUGCCGUCGGCGGUAAAGAAGCUGGCGGUGGUCGGAAGGCUGGCAAACAAGGCGAAUACUGGCGACCAAGGCUCCUCCAUCGUGCGCUGCGCCAAAGUCGUCACGCCAUUUGAGGGGCUCCGCGACGCCUUCUCUCAAUCCGAAGUGAUCCUCAGCGACUCCGGUGUUGCCGACGAAGCUGCCGCCGCUGCCAAGGACGCAGAUGUUGCGAUCGCAGUGGUCGGCUACACUGCUGCAGACGAGGGUGAAUACAUCGUGCCAGUGACUGCUGAGAACCCUGCUCUGCUGAACCUCUUUCCACCAGAUGACGGGUCUGAAGCCUACAAGAAAAUUGGCACCAAGAUGGGCAAUAUGGAGGAACUUUGGUCGUCGACGGAAGAGACCGGCGGCGACAGGACCAGCGUACGCCUGCGCAAGCAAGACGUGGACCUGAUCAAGGCCACGGUCGCAGCUAACCCCCGAACCGUUGUUUGCAUCACCACUGCUGGUGCGGUGAUCACCGAGGAGUUCCGUCAGCAAGUACCCGGCCUCCUCUUCAGCUGGUACAGUGGCACACAGGGUGGCAACGCCCUGGCCGACGUGCUGACCGGCGGUGUCGACGCUAGCGGUAGACUACCGUACGCGAUCCCGAAGACAGAGAACGAUCUACCAUUCUUCGACAAGAACGCCAAAUCGAUCGAGUACGAUCGGUGGUUCGGUCAGAGGCUGCUCGACCGUAAGGGCGCCGAGGCUGCCUAUCCCUUAGGGUUCGGGCUGUCGUAUGCGGAGUUUGAAGCAAGCGGACUUGCCGUUAACGCAGCUGGCGAUGAGAGGAUCCAAGUGGGUGUCAAGAUCGUCAACAAAAGUACAAGAAGCGGGAGGCACGUAGUGCAGGUGUAUGGCACGUCUGCAGAGGCAGGAUACCCGAAGCGUGUACUCCUUGGGUUCAGCCCAGUCGACCUUGAUGCGGGAGCGGCCAUGAAUGUCGAGGUUGGGGCUUCGCUGCGGCCCUUGCAACGAUGGAAGAAUGGCAAGUUUGUGCUACCGUCUGAAUACCAGGUCGAAGUUGCCGCUUUCUCCGGUGAUGCGUCCGCGCUUGUCAGCGAAGUCAGGAAGUCAUAG